ACAGUCGAACUACAGAGAGUCUUUGCGCAACCUCCUCCCAUCCGCCUUGGCACAAUAACCCAAAUGGAAGCCUUUAUGAAGCACUGAUGGAAGCAGAGUGCGCUUUAUAAUGCACAGCCGUGCACACUACUACAUUUCCAGCUAAUCAGAAGCGCGCAGUUGCAGAAAGGAGAGCGGUUGCCAAGGCAGCCACAUCUCCCCUCCCCCUUCUCCCUCCGUUCCUCUUUCCCGUUUAUUAUCGGCAGAGGUCGCAUGGCAGAGGGAAGUCCAACCACUUCUGUACUGGAACCAAUGCAAGAAUAUGCACCUCCAUAACAAAGCCCGUGUGGAGUCCUGAGAGCAGUGGGAAAACAAGAGCCUGCAAAUUUGUGGGCUUCAGUUCAGCAGUUGAAAAGGCUUUUAAAAGAGAGGAUCUAAGUUGAAGGUCUUGUUUUUAUUUGUUCUGGAACAACUGGAUAGUUUUACCAGCACGUUUGUGUCCAUGAAAUUUGUACUCUGCGUUGUGAGUGAGUGAGUGAGUGAGUGAGUGUUUCGCAUCCUGGUGCGGGGCUCUGAGGAGGACUGCGCAUCACCAGAGUUGGUGCCGAAGUUCGACCACGGUCGGAUGUGAGAGAAGAGUGCACCGAGUAAAACUCCCCCACUUCUUUUUCGUGUGUUUCUCCUGCUUCGGCGUUGCGUUUGCUGAGACAAUAGUGAGUCAAAGACGCUGAAAGUGAUUUCAUGCCUUCAGUCUCGCACAACCUGAGAUGGACGUGAGAUUUUAUCCUGCGCCCCCGGCAAAUGUGGGUUCAUGCUCCCUACCGACUGAUCCAAGUUGCCUGAGCUCGUUGGACUAUUACCACUCGAACAAGGCCCGGUACAGUGUGGGUGAACGAGGGGUUAGGCUUCAUACUGCACCCCCCCCAGGCAUCAAUCCAGCUAGGAAAAGACUGCCCACUGCUGUGUUUGAUGGUGACAACAUGUACAUGAAUGACAAUAAUCAAGAGUUUCGGUCACCAAACCAGAGCUACUCCAGUCAGGGCAGAGGCAGCAGUGGCGGAGGAGGAGCAGGGGAUGAAGACUAUGAGAUUCCCCCAAUCACACCCCCCAACCACGCCGACCCUUCUCUGCUGCACCUCAUGGAGCACGAGUCAGGUUACCCCUUCCACUCCCUGCCUCACAACGGUCUACUCAACACUUACUCCUACCCCGAGCUGCCCGCCCUCAUGAUGUCCAACAUGCUGGGUCAGGACACCCACCUUCUCUCGGGGCCUGUGCACUCGAUAAGUAGUGAGAAGCGGGCCUCAGCAGAAAUGAUGAAGCCCAAACCUAAACCUCAAAAGAAGAAGAAGAAGAAGGACCCCAACGAGCCACAGAAACCUGUGUCAGCCUAUGCGCUCUUCUUCAGAGACACCCAGGCGGCCAUCAAGGGCCAAAACCCCAACGCCACCUUUGGGGACGUGUCCAAGAUUGUGGCCUCCAUGUGGGACAGCCUAGGAGAGGAACAGAAGCAGGGGUACAAGAGGAAAACAGAGGCGGCUAAGAAAGAGUACCUGAAAGCCUUGGCCGCGUACCGAGCCAGUCUCGUUUCCAAGACUUACAACGACCCUGAACCAAAAAGUGCCCAGCAGACGAGCCAGCCCUCCCACCUGCUGCCCCCAAAGCAGCCCCUGUACAGCGUGCCCCCACAGCCCUCCUCACCCUACCUGGGCCCGCCAGGCUCCUUCCCCCUUUCGGACCUCCAGAGCUAUGCCGGACCACCCCGCCACACCCUGGCCCCAACCCUCAGCCAAUCCCAGAUGCUGCCGCCUAGCAUGAGUGCCUCUCCCCCGGCUCCCUUCCAGAUCAGCCCACCCCUGCACCCUCAUGCCCAGCUCUCCCUGCAUCAGAGCCCCCUGCUCAACCAGCCAAUCCGCAUGCAGCAGUCGCAGCCAAUCAUCUCGCACCAAAUGGGGCUUCAGGCACCUCUGCAUUCCCCUCCUCUCAGCCAACAGGGAUUCUCCCACAUGCAGGCUGAUUACCAGAACAGUGUUGGAGGCUCACAGUCUCCAGGGGCCCCGAACCCAGUGCACGGCCAGAAUCCUGACUGGGACAGCGAGUACUGCAACAGGGACUGCGGACCCAACCACUGCGGCAGUGGUAUGGGAGCUCGGGACAAGCCUCUCUACCUCACUUGAAGUUGAAAGACCUCCAAAUGUCAGACUCCAGGGAGCUUUCCAAGAUAACGUCAUCGAUGUAUCGGCUUCUAGACCAUUUUGUUUUUCUUUCUUUCUUUCUUUCUUUCUUUUUUUUUUGAAAUGGAUUUUGAAAAUCCCAAAGACUGCUACAGUAACUUCACCUAUUUGCCAAGCACUUAGAUCGGCCAGAAGCCUGAAGCACUUCUCUUGUUUUUUCUUCUUCUUCCUCUAUUUUUUUUCUUAUCAGCGAGCAUCACUUUUUUUUUCUUUUUUUUAGGGGGGUGGGCAGUGUGCUUUAAGCUCAUGCCAACAUACUGGAAAUGAAGACCAAAAAAAAUGUCUUCUCAUUUUGUUUUGAAUUUUUUUGAGUUUUUUUUUUUAGAGAUGCUUUCUCUCCUGCUUUCACUCCAUUACUCUGUUUGCCAUGGACUGCCCUCAUCGGGGAGAUGAAAUGCUCUGAGCAUACUCAAAGUGGAGGGGCGCUGGAUAGAAAAGCUAAUGCAGGAAACCAGAAUAUAGUCACCUCAGAGGGGAUGGAUGUACUUGAGGACAAGCUGAAACACCCCAACUGAGUGACAGCAAAGUGAAAUUUUAAUAAAGAUAGUCACAAACACAUAAGACAUUUGUAAAUCAUCCUUGCCCAUAGUAAAGGACUCCUUUCCUUUCUUUAUCACAGAGUGAUUGUAAAUAUCACCAAAAUGGAUCCCUCUUAUGUGUGUAUUUAGCUGCAGUCCCUUGCUUUCUUUUUUUUUUUUUAAACAUUCUUUUUGUUUUUGGUUAUGUGAUUUCCGUGCAGGCGGAUUCAGUGAGGGAAUACACACACUAAAAGUUGUGUUGAAACUGUGUUCACUGGUCUUGCUUCUCUCCAAGCGAGAGAGAAAAAAGACUAAAAAAGCGCUCCAUUUCCUCCUUAACUAGAGAGUGUCACUCUCUUCACAUGGCCUCAGGACGUUGCAGAACUGUAGAGGUCAAAGGUUGAUACCUCUCCUUUUAGCUCCUCCUCCUCCUCCUCCUCUCGGUCAGUAAGGACCGCCCUCCCACCUGUAACCCCGCCCACCUCUCGUUAGUCCCUACACCACUUGUACAGGUGAAUAAAAAAAAAAAAAGUUGCUAAA